UUCUUCUUCUUCUUCUUCUUCCACUCCCUUGAAACUACUACUACUUCUUCUCUCUGCGGUGUGAUAAAGGGGCUUGUUGAAGCUGCUCUGCUGCAAUGGCGUGCUCGAUUUCGGCCCUGGGAUCAUCUCUAUCUCUCGCAAAACCUAAUAACUCUUCUGCUGCGGUGAUGCGGCAGCAUCCUAAAUCGCCUAGAUAUUUCCCUGAACCAGCAGCGAGACUCCAUCCUAAUCCUUCUGAUGCGUCCAAUUCUUGUGGUGCAAGGAUCGCGGCCGACUGUGGAGCAGUUUUUGAUCGGAGAAACAUACUUCUUCUAAUAUCAUCAGCCACAGUUGGGUCCAUAGCACCACUAUUACGGAACUCUUCUAAGGAUGGGAUAGCUGUGGCAGCUGAAUUUGCUGACAUGCCAGCACUUAGGGGAAAAGAUUAUGGAAAGACAAAGAUGCGGUACCCAGAUUACACUGAAACAGAGUCAGGUCUCCAGUAUAAGGACUUGCGAGGAGGAAGUGGCCCUACACCGAAGAGCGGAGAUACUGUAGUGGUUGAUUGGGAUGGUUACACUAUAGGAUACUAUGGCCGCAUAUUUGAGGCUCGAAACAAAACAAAGGGAGGUUCCUUUGAGGGUGAUGACAAGGACUUUUACAAAUUUAGAGUGGGAUCUCAGCAGGUAAUACCAGCCUUUGAGGAAGCUGUUUCAGGAAUGGCUCUUGGUGGCAUUAGAAGGAUCAUAGUACCUCCAGAGCUGGGGUAUCCUUAUAAUGACUUCAAUAAGAUGGGGCCAAGACCAACGACAUUUUCGUGUUUUCAACAGGGCCAAAGGGCCUUGGAUUUUGUGCUGCGGAACCAAGGAUUGAUUGACAAAACUCUGUUGUUUGACAUUGAGCUCCUGAAGAUCAUCCCUAAUUGAUUCAGCCUACAACACUCUGAUCCAAAACUUAAAGAGGGGGAUCUUCUGUUAUGUGACCUUUUCCAGUCUGAUGAGACGUUUAAGAUUAUUGUCAUAUGUUCCAGGGAAGGGGAAGAUCAAGAAUAGCAAAGGGAGCCAUUUACUAAGCAUUAACACCAUGUAUAUUUGUAUCUACUGACGGCUGCUGCUGUAUUAUUUGAUAACUUCAAAUCAAAUGAUAUAUAUAUAUAUA